CACCCUGAAGCCGACUUAAAACGAUGGGCUCAGUGACGCACAAAAAUGCAAUCGUGCUGGGCUGUGGUGUCGGCGUCAGGUCCCAGUGCCCUCCAGCUUCCCUCUCCCGAAGGCUCCGUGGCAGCCGGUUACCAUUCCCGGCGAGAGGCCGAGAACUGGACCUCUCCGGGCCGUCCGCGCCGUCCGCGCAUGCGCGCCCCAGGCCUUCCCGUCCAGGUCCCGCCUCUCCGGCAGUGCGCAGGCGCAGGGCUAGAGCGCGCGGCAAUGACAUCACUACGCGCCAGAGUCCGCUACGAGAGGUGUCGCACAGUGACGGCGUCGCCAUGGAGCCGAGGGCGGGAAGCCUUCCUGUUCUGCCCAUGAGUCACAGUGCUUUGUGCCACAGGCGUCUCCAAGCAGGACAUCCGGGAACAAAUCUGGAGCUACAUGGAGGCUCACGACGUGGCCAACUUCCCCCGACCUGUUCACCACAGGAUCCCCAACUUCAAGGGGGCGUCCAGGGCAGCGGAGCACCUCCCUCGCCUGCAGGAGUUCAGAGUGGCGGGAACCGUCAAAGUCAACCCCGACGCUCCCCAGAGCAAGGCCCGCUUCCUGGUGCUCCAGAGCCAAAAAACACUGCUGGUUCCGACGCCGCGACUGAAAAGGGGGCUGUUCAACAGGAUCACGCCACCCCCCGGGGCGACGGCAGCCGCGCUGCGCAGGGUGUGAGGAACUUCAGCGUCCCCGUGGGCUUGGACUCCAGUGUCCACGUGGACUUGGUGGUGGUGGGAUCCGUGGCUGUUUCCGAGAAAGGCUGGAGGAUCGGGAAGGGAGAAGGUUACGCAGACCUCGAGUAUGCCAUGAUGGUGUCCAUGGGAGCCGUCUGCGAGGGGACACCCGUGGUCACCACCGUCCACGACUGCCAGGUCCUGGACUUCCCGGAAGCACUCCUGGAGGACCACGACCUCACAGUAGACUACAUCCUCACUCCAACCAGGGUCAUCGCCACCGGCUGCGAGCGCCCAAAGCCAGUGGGCAUCACGUGGUCCAAGAUCAGCCCUGAGAUGCUGGAGAGAAUCCCGGUGCUCCGAAGCCUACGAGAGCGAGAGAGGCGGGCUGGGAAGGACGUCAGCCUGUGGGCCGAUCUCCCGCACCCGGCACCCCUGUGCACCGUCGUGGGACCCCAGCUCGCACCCCGGCCAGGGUUGAGUGUCCCGGGGGCAGCCUCUGGCAGGAUGGGCAGCCCCCAGCAGCGGAGCCACGCUGGACAGACACAGGCCCUCCGCCACCGGCGUCUCUGACAGGACACUGCCGCCCUGUCCAUGGCUGUGCACACAGUGAGUGCGGAGCGGCUGCAGGCUCCUCGGUUGGCUGCGCACAACGGCGGCCUCUGUGCCCGGCCCAGCCACACUGUGCAGAAGGGGCCCGCACUCUGUGCCCAGGGCGCAGGCCGGGCGGCAACCUCAGGACGCAGGCGCCCUCUGGCCCGCGCCCCCCAGGCCCUGGCCACCCCCCAGGUGCUCUUCACCCCACUUUCCCGUUUUCCCACAGUGACCGCUGUGCCCGAGGGUGUCCAGGAGUCCUGGGCAUUGGAUAGCAGAGGCGGACACAUGGCCCUCACCCCACAUCCCAGCUCCCGUGUCCAGCCUGCCCAAGGCCAGCUCAGCCCUCAGUUGGGAGGCACAGCGCUAGGUGGCCACUCCUGGCGCUGGGGAGCCAGGCUGCUGGGUCCCCUCACUCGGGACCAGGACAAUCCAGAUUGCUGGGCAGGUAGCCGGAAGCGGUCUGUCACUUUAUAUCUGUGGGAGGUGGUACCAGAAAACUAGAAAUGGCCCCAAACGUGUCCACCCUCAGAUCUCCCACUGCCCCUUGCUUCCUUGAGGGGCAGCUCUUGUCCACACCAGGCAGGAGUCCCGGCCACAGAUGUGAUGGCAGGCUCCCAGGCACUCAGCAUCAUGAGGCACACUUCACGUGAGGGUGAUGUGGGGCAUGGGGGAGCUCCCACGGGCACGGGGUCCCAUCCUGAGUGGGGAGCAGUGUUGCCACGGGACGACACCACCUGCAGAAGCUGCAGCUGUGGACCCUAGAAGUGUACCUUCAGCUCCAUGGGGGAGUGCAGAGUCUGGUCCACUGCCCCCUCCUGAGUGGUGCCGGGUCAGGGUGGCCAGGGGUGCACCUUCCUCCUCAUCCUCAGGCCCAGCUGGUCACCUCCACUUGAAUUUUCCUAUGUGCCAGGGGGUGGCACAGGUCUGUCAUCCCAGCACUCUGGGAGGCUGGGGCAGGAGGAUCGUGAGUUUGAGCAGCUUCGUGAGACCCUGUCUCAAAAUAAAAAAGGUAAAAAAGA